GUGGUGUCUCCUCUUCCUCCGUGUACUAUUUAGGUCUGAAUGUCGCUGUCCCCCGUGUUCUGCCUAUGUCCGCAUCUUAGAGCGCCCAAUUUCUUCGUUCUUUCAAAAUAGUGCACCAUAACGUGUCUCUGAGCACGUGUGCCUGUUUCCUUGUUGAGCAGUCGUGUUUAGGGAUUUUUCCUGCCAUGAAUCCAUGUUUGACGGUAAAUUAGUUCCCGCUUACUUUCAGCAGGUUAGGGCUUUCACCGUUUUACUGUCCCUGCUAGUCCACUUCCUAAGAGCCGAAAUCUUUGUGGGAUUUUUCGCUUUUCUCCGCCGCUCUGAGCGGAUGGCCAUUAACUCCUGGCAAUGGGUUCUUGCUGCUUUCGAGAUGUACGACAGCGUCGAGCUGGAGGAUGAGAGUCUUUUUUCCAGCAGAGGCGAAAGCGCGGAUUGGGGUUUGUCCUCCCCUCCGAGCCGGUCGAUUUCAAGAAUCCGCAAGUCUGCCUCGUCGACGAAAUCCAUGGCGUCUUCGGCGGAUUGCAAGACGCUGGAGGUUCGGUUUUCUCCAGAUGAGCCGGGCCUUGGCAAGUGCGAGAAAGGUUCUUUGGCGGAGCUUACAGCUACUGAAGAGGUCAUCAUGAACUUCCUGGAAAGGUCAACGCUCGGUCAAGAAUCGAGCGAGGCUGAGGACCCAGUCGCCGUCUUUCCACAGUGCGUCUGGCCUCUGAUUGCGUACCAACAAGCCAUGGUUGCGGGUUUCUGGUUGCGGAUCUUCAGAUUCCUUAUUCCCGCAAGAAAGAAGCUUGCUGACGACCGGAUUCGCCCUGCGGAUGCGGAGCAACCAUCCUGCGACCAGCAAGACUUCCCAAUAAUAACCGCUUCGGACGCCACGUCAACCGACGUCAAUGCGGAUUGCAUUAUCUGGAGCGCUCCCCGUGGCGGCGAAACGCCAGUUGCAGCAUCAGGAGCUGCAGCAGCAGCGGAAGCGGAUUUGGAUGAUGCGACGUCGGACCACCUUUUCUCGGUUCCUCAGUUGGCUCCGCUGAGUCCGUCCGACGAGCCCUUAGCUGAUUCCUCCAAGCUGCUUCCUCCGCUCCGCUCCGUCCAUCUCAACCGCAAGACGCUCGUUCUUGACCUGGAUGAAACCCUCAUCCAUUCCGUCUUCACGCCGAUAAUGAACGCCGACUUCGUCAUCAGCCUCGACGUUGACGGCCGGCUGACGACUAUUUACGUCCAUAAGCGUCCCGGAGUGGAGGAGUUUCUCCGCGCCGUCGCGCAGGUCUACGAGGUGGUCGUUUUCACCGCGAGCAUGGCGGGUUACGCGAAUGCUCUGGUGGAUCUGCUCGAUCCCCAGCGAUGCCUCGUGCACCACCGUCUCUUCCGGGAUUCCUGCAUCUGGUGGCGGAACAGCUACGUCAAGGAUCUGACGAUGCUCGGAAGGGAUUUGACCAAGACCAUGAUUGUUGAUAAUAGUCCGCUCUCGUACGCGUUUCAGCCCGAGAACGGCAUUGCGAUCCCCUCGUACUACGACGAGCAGGGGGACCGAGAGCUUGCGAAGCUUGUCCCCGUUUUAAUGUCGCUCGCUACCGUCGAGGACGACGUUCGGCUCCAUCUCGGCGGGAUGGGGAGCGUCCACGUGGGGUGAUAGAAACCAGCCGCCUUUAAUCAGCGGCUUCUUAUCCUGAUAUUGUAUUGUGAAGACCCGCCAUGGCACCACUCCCCACGCAGCUUCCAUAAUGAAUAAGGAGCGCCAGCACGCUUGCUGCUCUGCUCUUACCUAAGCGCUCUGCUUCCCUGUUAUACGCUAGUAGCUUCUGCUGCUUUGAACCCGUUACAAGCAUUUCCCCCUGCCCUUCUCUUUCGUUCUCCUUUCUCCCUGUGCUGGCUCAUGGAGUCAUGGAUCCAUGAGCACUUCAUUUAGCUCCACUAUGUGUGGUGGAGCCGACAGUACCUGAAUCCGUUGAUUUUUAGGCUUUCUUGCUUUCUGUCUGUUCUGUUGUAUCUGUUUCUUGCUUCCUUCAAUGUGGAAGCUUACUCAUAGGGUUGCUGGAGCUGCCAGUGUCUUCUCUCUUCUGUACUGUUUCUUAUAAUAAUGAUAAUAAUGCAAU